CCAGGGGAGGUGGGCAGGAGAGAGAGAUAAUACUAAAGCAGGCAGACGCAAUGAACUCCCUACUCAUGGGGGUCCUGCUCAGCACUCUGUUGGGGUCUACCCUGGGAAACCACAUGCGGUGCUAUGAAUGCAGAGGAGACCCCAGCAGCUCCUGCAAAGAGACAGUGGCCACCUGCGGGGAGGGGAAACGCUGUGGCUUCCUGGAGCGCAAACCCCAAUCAGGCCUGGGACAGAGCAAGCUGUCUAGAAACCCCUCGAUAACCUUGAUUCAUCACUAUCCAGCCUGCGUGGCAGCCCAUCAUUGCAAUCAAGUGGAAACCGAGUUGGUGGGAGACGUGACUUACACAACCCACAGGGACUGCUGCGUCGGAGAUCUGUGCAACAGUGCCAUGGCAAGAAUGGUGGCCCCACCACGAUUUGUGGCUGCAGGAGCCACUGCCCUGGCCUGGCUCCUGCCAGCACUGUGGAGAGGCUAGUAGGCUGUGGGGAGGGCAGGCGGGAGGAGUAAGGGAACAAAGGAGAUGUGAGGUGAGAAGACAAACACCCCUCUGUGAGCCAUUAAAAUCUGUCUGCCACUUUA